AUGUCAUCGCCCGAGACGCGAACUUUGCUCCCGCAGACUCCUUCAGUGAGGUCUAGGUUGUGGGACAGCGAUAAGGCGACUCGGACCAACACCCCAUCACCACCAGCUUCAGUCGCCCCCCGAACGGGAAGCUGGAAGCCGCCGUCUUUAUCGACACCUGUUCUCGUCGGUGUUGGUGUGCUAGCGCUGCUUCUCGCUGCCAUCAUCGAGGUUUCGGCCCAGCGGAGCCAGGCACGAAAGGGUUUGGCAAAGGCACCAACCCUCAACGAGAUACCACAGUAUGCCAUCAUCAGCUAUCGAUAUGUCCCAAACAUUGUCGCUGUCUUAUUCAGCCUGUUGUGGAACUGGAUCGAUCUCGAUGUUAAGCGCAUCCAGCCAUGGACCGAACUCUCCAAGCCAGGAGGCGCAACCGCCCAGAACUCGAUCCUCCUCGACUAUCCCUCUGACUUUAUUGCUGUGGCCCCUGUUCGUGCUGCAAAGCGACGACACUGGGCCGUGUUUCUAUCCGGAAGCAUCAUGGUGCUUGUCUUUUGGGUCCUGACGCCUCUCCAGACUGCAUUGUUCGGAACAUCUGCGGCAACACAUACCCUCCCUGUGACGAUAACACAGAGGUCAGAGCUUCUACCGCCAGACAGGCAGCUUCAAGACCUGCGCUUUCUCCAUCGAGCGUACGCCAUCGGUUGGAUGAACAACUCGUACCCAGCAUUCACAACUCCAGAAUACGCCCUUCUGCCGUUCUAUGUCGACAACGAUGUUGCCCUUUCGGGUCAGAACAAGACCUGGACAUCCAACACCACCAAGCUGUGGGCAGAGGUUGACUGUUCCCCCGUGAGUUACCGAAAUACGGGCAACAAGACUGACGACGGCGAACUGGUCUAUCGAUUUUCUGCAAAUGACUGUUUCGCCGAUGUGAAUCUGGACCCAAAUAAGACAGACGUAUGGAUGUACUACAGAGACAGCCGAUCUUUCGAUUUUGUUGACUCAAUGAGUUGGAACUGCUCCAACCAGCCAGACGACCACAACUUGGCUCUGGUGUUGUGGGCAAAGAAAAUGAACAUCUCGUCGACCAACUCGCAAGAGUUCAACUUGACAGCGCUGCAAUGCCAUGUGUCAUUCCGAAAGCAGGCAGUCCUCGCUACUAUUACGGCUCUAGGCUUAAGACCGGUCAACGACGGCAUCAAGGCCCGAGCUGAAUCGAUGAAUUUGACUUCUUCAGAGUUUAACAUGACCUCUUACAAAGAGUCCCUUCCCAGCUACGCAGUUCUCCCUACAAAUAAGGGCUCAGACGCCCAAGACAUUACAGAUAUCCAAUCACCCGACUUCUUUGUCCCCGAUUCCGGCUUCAGCCCCAGCAGCUCUGUCUUUCUUCAGUACGGCAUCGUCGGCUACAACGGAUCUCCUGAUCUAUUAUCAGACCCCUUGCGGCUCGAGAGUUUGGUCCGUGGUGUCCACCAGAAGUUUUUCAGUCUCUCCAUUGCCGACAGACUUGGCAACGAUACGGAACCGGCUGAUGAUGAUACAUGUACGUCGACAUUCACCAUGACUGGCAUUGUUGUCAGUAGAGUCCUGGCUGUCAUUGUGGAAGUACUACUCUUGCUCAUUGCAGUGGCGGCCGGACUCAUUGCGUAUCACAUGAAAUCCUCUCCCUGCAAUCUCGUUACGGCCCCCGGCUCAAUUGAUCAUCUGAUCUACAUCGCUCACAACAGCCCUAUGGUGUCAAAGCUCUUCUGGCCCAUGGACAUGGCGGACGACAAGCGCCUCGCUCGCGACUUGCAAGACUACAGAUUUCAGCUGACUAUUAACCUCGAGUCGGGCCAAAACGAAUUGGUCAUUGCGGAAGGAAAUCUGGCAUCGUCGGAUGAGGAGCAGCAGGACUUGGCCAAUGACAAUUACUACAAACCGGUCAAGCCAUUAGCACUCGGACGAACAGCGGGAUGCGUCUUUGCGGUUUUGAUCGCCGCUGGGGUCGGUGUAUUGUCAUAUUUAAAGGCCCAGGAGGUCAACCUCAACGGCCUUACUCGCCCGUCUUCAAACUUCGAGGUUCGGCAGCUACUAGAGAACUACAUCCCGACCGUGUUUGCGACAGUGGUUGAGCCAUUCUGGAUAUUCCUUACGCGCACCUUUUGCAUAUUCCAGCCAUUUCAAGAUCUUUGGUUGGGUUCAUCCAGGCCAGAGAGAUCCAUCAAGGCUGAGUAUACAUCUGUUCCGCCACAGAUGGUAUUUUACAGAGCUUUAAAAUCUCGCCAUAUUUUGCUUGCUCUGCUCUGUCUUGUCACGCUGCUCGCCAACGUGUUGGCUGUCAGCCUCGGAGCGCUCUUCAACGAAAGAUUGACGACAGUCGAGCAUCCGCGGUUGUUCAAGCCCAAGUACAAUCAGACGCACUUGAAUGCGACAAUGAUUGCAACAUAUCAAAUGAGGUGGGGUUUCUCCAACGAGUUCAUGUUUAUGCUCCUGGCAAACAUGACGUAUGACGCACAGUUGAUCCCAUGGGUCUCGACUGAAUAUUACUUUCAGCCUCAUGAGAUCACAGGGUCAGGAGACGAUGAUCCUGAUGACACCUACGUUCUGAGAACCAUGGGACUUGGAGCCGAUGCAAAUUGCACAUCAGUGGCAGCUUCAUCCCACGUCAUCAAGGAGAUUUCCACCACCAGCUCGGGAAUCACUUCUAUUUGUGACGACAAUGUUGAAAGUAUUGGCAAGCAGUUGAUUCGUGACGCCUUGAAGAAGCAGAGCAACGCACCCGCAGCAGCAGCGUACUACGAAAGUCUUGUUUUUGGUGGCGCGUCGGACCCUCCCAGCAUCGAUUGUAACCCUGCCUUGACACUUUGCUGGGCUCGAGCACCUGACGGAUUGAAAGAGAAUGAGACCAUCACAACGAGCUAUUCCGUGUGUCGACCAGUUUCUCAAAACGGCAAUCUCAUAAACGGAAGCCAACCAGCCUUACACUACGCCAAUCUAACUAGUGAUGCCGGGUCUUUCUUCAUGACCCUGAACAACCUCCUCUAUCCGGUGGACUCCUGGAGUAACAGCACCAACACGCUCAACUGGAUAUCUCAGAUGAUAUACUUGGAGACUGGGUCUCGUGAUUUUAUCGAUCCCAAGCUUCCUCUACCGGACCUUACCAAGCUCACUCCAGUCAUCAACAAAGUGUACAGUCGAAUAGUGGCUGCGUUUUUCGGCCGAAACACCGACUUUUUCGAUGCCAUAGAGCAAGAGUCCACCAUAGAGGGAAAGCGGGUCACCAGAGAGACUCGAAUCUUCAUGGACAAUACUGCCUUCGUCAUAUCCAUGACGGUGCUCGGCCUGGAUCUUGCAGUCGCGUUGUUCUUCUACUCGCGGGCGACUCCCACCGAGCCGAGCCGUGAGAGACGGCGGCCUCCCUUCUUCGGGUUGGAGGAGUCAGACUUUUUCGUUUGGGAGAUACAUAGGCCACGAUGGAAAGGGACACGUUGGGAUUGA